AUGCCGCGCACUGGAAACGAGGGGGCUCUGGCCCUGGGCACCCCUUGGGCCCAGGGAGGAGGGAAGGGGCACCCCCAGUCAAGUGCGCGGUCACCACGUGGCCGCGGCCGUUCCCUCCGUUUUCAUGAAUGGAGCCCCGGCGGGCACCGCGCCUGCGCCGCAGGCUGGCCCCGCCCCCUCCGCCGCGGUUCGGCCAAUGGGAGCGCGGGGCGGGGCCGUGUUGUGGUCACGUGCGGCCGCCGGUGUAGUGGCGGCGGCUCCGCCCCCUCCCGGCGCGGCGGGCGGUUUUUAUUGCGCCGUUUGUCGCGCCCGCCCGCGCCGCGGGCAGUGCCGCCCCUCCGGCACCGCAGAGUGCUCGUUCUCGGCCCCCCCCGCGCCGUGGGUAAAACCUCCCUGGCCCACCAGUUCGUGGAGGGGAAGUUCGUGGAGUGCUACGAGCCCACGGUGGAGAGCACCUACAACAAGGUGGUGGUGGUGGGCAAGGACGAGUUCCAGCUGCAGCUGGUGGACACGGCCGGGCAGGAUGAAUACAGCAUCCUGCCCCACUCCUUCAUCAUCGGCACCCAUGGCUACGUCCUGGUGUACUCGGUGACCUCCCUGCGGAGCUUCCAGGUGGUGAAGACCCUCCACGACAAGCUGUACGAGAGCCGGGGAAGACUCGGUAGGUGCUGUCCCUCGUGGGGAGGGGGGGGUCAGGGGGGCAGGGCCCUCACCCUCCCCAUGCCUGCAGCAUGCCCGUGGUGCUGCUGGGGAACACAGCAGACCUGGCUCUGCAGAGGUCAGGGAGGCUCUGGGGGUCCCAUGUCCCCCCUGCCCGUCCUCUGCUGUGUCUCCAGCAGGGAAGUGAGGACAGAUGAAGGGAAGAAGUUGGCGGAGUCGUGGGGGGCCUUUUUCCUCGAGUCCUCGGCCAAGGAGAGCCAGGUGACCCAGGGGAUCCUCAUGAAGAUCAGCGAGGAGAUCGACCGGGUGGACAAUUCCCACGGCAGAUCCACCGGCUGCUGCCUGACGUGGUGCCCCCAGGGUGGGGCACGACCCCCUGGAUGAGGCAGGCCCCCCCCCAGGACCUUUGCCCAGACCUUGGUGGUGGCUUUGGGGGGGACCACACAGUCCCACUGCGGUUUGGGACCCCUCACUUUGCACGGGCUGUGGAGCUCACGGGGGGCUGGGAGCGGGGUGGGGGUCCUGUCCCAGCCAGGAGCCCCCCGGCCCAUCGCUGCUGUCCCCCCACACGCACAAGGACACGUCAGGGCUGCUCCUGCCCCGGGAGCCAGGGCUGAAUGCGGGUGUUGUUCCCGGCUGUGCCGGACCCGUGGGAGUCAGGACUGGAACAAUUAAACGUUGUUUUG